CUAUGAACGAAGAGCAGUUUGUGAGCAUCGACUUGGACGACGACAACGUGUGCAGCGUCUGCAAGCUGGGGACCGAGAAGGAGACGCUGUCGUUUUGCCACGUUUGUUUUGAGCUGAACAUCGAAGGAGUACCAAAGUCAGAUCUUCUACAUACAAGAUCUUUAAGGGGGCACAGAGACUGCUUUGAAAAAUUCCACUUAAUAGCAAAUCAGGACUGUCCACGAUCAAAGCUCUCUAAAAGUCCGUAUGCAGAAGUAAAAAAUAUCUUGAGCAAAAAAAUUAACUGGAUCAUACAGUACGCACAAAACAAGGAUUUAGACUCUGAUCCUGAAAGCUCAAAAGCAUCCCAGCACCAGCUUUUUAACUUCAGACAUCAGACUGAUAGAAAAUUACUCCCACAGUUUGACUCCCCGGUACCUAGAUACUCUGCCAAAUGGAUAGAUGGGAAUUCUAGAGGCAUCUCGAGCUGCUCACAAACUCUUCUGGAACAAAGAGAAUCCACUGAUUUCAGACUUGGUGUGUUACAAGAAACAGGUGCUACCUUCUGUCGUAGCAAUGUUUUAUGGUCUAAUCAUAACCAAGUCCAGAAAGCUGAAAAAGCUGAAGAUGAUUCACUUACCAGUGUUCAUAGAAGGCAUCCUCAGUACAGCAGGGAAGAACUGACUAUGAUGACUCUUGAAGAGUUAAAGCAACUUAAUGAAAAACUGCUCAAGCAAAUCCAGGAUGUGUUUGAGGAGCUGACGCAGCAAGUCCAAGAAAAGGACUCUUUGGCCUCAGAACUCAAUGUCCGUCAUAUUGCUAUUGAGCAGCUGCUGAAGAACUGCUCCAAACUGCCAUGUCUACAGAUGGGACGGGCGGGGAUGAAAUCAAAUGUCCCCACAUAAAGGGAUACAACUUCUGUUCCUCUAUAGAGCUAACUUUCCCAAACAGCUUUGAUAACCAUUAAGUACGGCUGCACAGAUAUUUAGAAGCUUUUGAGGAAACUUGGGCAGCUUUCUCUUUGCAUUCGUAAUCCGUGAGAAGUCUUAUUCUGUGGGUUUUAACAA